CGUUGCUCCCUACAUGCAUGACAUAACACGAUUCUCCUAGCCAUCGUUCCGUAUUUUACCCAGUUGUCUUUGGCCGACCUUCUCUCGUUGCUGCUAUAACUUCGGACGAACAGACCGAGUUUCGGCAACGUGCACUUGCAGACCGAAGUCGAAGUGGUGUAACGUUCACUGUCCAAACACCCCCGCGUCUUCAUCCCGAGCGAAGUGGAUUGCUGGUGUUCGUCAGGUCACCUCCCAGUCCGAAACCGCAACGCCCGUCUCGUCUCUUAUAUCUAGGCUAGUCCCUUGACCGCAGGAAGAACCUCAUAAAUCUGAUCAUAUCUAUUCAAGACUGUUCACAAUGGCGACCGAACCGUACAGAUUGUCAGCGACCCAGGCCUCAGCCAAGAUCCGGGCCGGCGAGCUGACCGUCGAGGAAUACGCCCGCUCCCUCCUCUCCCACAUCGAAAAGAGAGACCCUGUCGUGAAGGCGUGGGAGUACCUCAACCCAGACCAGGUCAUCGCGCGAGCAAAGGAGCUGGACGCGAUCCCGCCAGAGAAGCGCGGCCCUCUGCACGGCGUGGCGAUCGCCGUCAAGGACGUCAUCUACACCAAGGAUAUGCCCACCCAGCACGGCUCGCCCAUUUACGCAGGAGACGCGCCAAAGGUCGAUGCCGGAUCCAUCAUCGUGCUGCGACAAGCAGGCGCCCUGCUCCUCGGCAAGACGACGACAACCGAGUUCGCUGCGACGGUUCAUGGACCCAAGACGGUCAAUCCGCACGGAACGAACCGGACGCCCGGCGGCUCGUCCUCGGGUUCUGGCGCCGCCGUCGCCGACUUCCAGGCCCCGAUCGCCCUCGGCACCCAGACGGGCGGAAGCACCAUCCGGCCCGGCUCCUUCAACGGCAUCUAUGCGCUCAAGCCGACGUGGAACUCCAUCAGCCGCGAGGGUCAGAAGAUCUACUCGCUGAUCCUCGACACCCUCGGCUUCUUCGCACGCAGCGUCGAGGACCUGCAGCUCAUGGCCGACGUGUUCGAGCUGCAGGACGACGAAACCCCUCGGGCCGAGUUCCCCGUCAAGGGCGCCCGGUUCGCCCUCCUCAAGACCAUGGUCUGGCCGCAGGCCGGGCCCGGGACGCAGUCGGCCAUCGCCAAGGCGGCGGAGCUGCUUCGGGCGCACGGGGCCGAGGUCGAGGAGAUCGAGCUCGCGGCCGACCUGCAGAGUCUGCCCGAGUGGCACGCGACGGUGCUGCACAGCGAUGGCAGGCCGACGUUCCUCCCGGACUACCGCGCGGCUCGGGGCCAGCUUCACGAGUUCCUGGCCUCGCACGUCGAGAACACGAACAAGAUCACCCGGAGGGCGCAGCUGGAGGCCUUUGACAACAUCGCCGCUGCGCGGCCGAGGGUCGACCGGAUCUUGGGCGAGUACGACGCUGUGCUGGCGCCGAGCGUCGUCGACGAGGCGCCGGAGGGCAUCGCGAGCACGGGGAGCGCGGCCUUUAACGGCCUCUGGACGGCGCUCCACGUUCCCGUCGUCAACGUCCCCGGGUUCCAGGGCCCCAACGGGAUGCCUGUCGGCGUCUCGCUCAUCGCGCCUCGAUACCAUGACCGCCACCUCUUGACUGUUGCGAAGGCGGUCGGAGACAUCUUCGAGGCCGAAGGAGGGUGGAAGUCGGCAUUGUGAUGUGAGGAAGAUGGGGACAAGAGUUGGGUUGGUUAAGCCGCGAUUUACUGCAUAAAUGAAGAGAUGCCAGCAUGCCUCCUGUUCAAACCGAGGUCCCGCUGAGCGAUACUGAAGGGAAAUCCUGACAUGGCAGAUUAGUUACGGGCUCUCAUGCUUGAAGAUGUGUAUGAGUCUGGCAUGAGUGCCAUGAUAACGAGAACAUGAACCCGUCGAUCCGGGAGAGAGGGAUGAGAAACCUGGCUGCAUACGGCUAGACCGAGGCCAAAGAGGCAGCCAACGGGGAUGGAUUCAACCAACAGCCGUAGAUAUUAGAGUCAUAUCACUUGGGGUUGCAUGGCGCC